UCCUUCUCUUCCUCCUCCGCCUCCGCCCGCCUCCCGCGGUGGCGGCGCGGCCAUGCAGCAGUACUUUUCCCUGGCCGACUGCGAGGUGAUGGGCUUCGAUCUGGAUCACACGCUGUGCCGUUACCACCUCCCGCAGAGCGCGACGCUAAUAUAUGAUAGUUUUGCUCAGUAUCUGGUAACGGAGAAGGGUUACGACAAAGACUUGCUGACUCUAAAUCCAGAAAGCUUAGACUUCUGUUGUAAAGGCUUGGCAUUGGACUUUGAAGAUGGAAACUUCCUGAAGCUCGCGGAAGACGGAACAGUUUUGAGGGCAAGCCAUGGCACUAGGAGUAUGACAUCUGAAGAGAUCCUGGAGAUUUAUGGAAGGAGGGAAUGGAAACAUUUUAGUACAGUCAGUGGAAUGCUUUCCCGCUCAGCCAAAUACUAUCUGUAUGAUAAUUAUUUUGAUCUACCAGGAGCCCUCCUGUGUGCAAGGGUUGUGGACAGUUUAGAUCAGCAUGAUGGUCAGAAAAAAUAUGACUUCUGGAAGGACAUGGUGGCUGCUAUCCAACAUAAUUAUAAAAUAUCAGCUUUUAAAGAGGACUGUGGGACAUAUUUCCCAGAAGUGAAAAAUCAUCCAGAAAAAUACUUACGAAGAUGUCCCAAUUCUGUAAAAAAGUGGCUGAAACAACUGAAGAGUGCUGGGAAGAUUCUGCUAUUAAUUACCAGUUCUCACAGUGAUUAUUGCAGGCUCCUGUGUGAAUAUAUUCUUGGAAAUGAUUUUGAAGAAUAUUUUGAUGUUGUGAUCACAAAUGCUUUGAAACCUGGCUUUUUCUCCCAUACUCCAAACCAAAGACCUUUCCGAACUCUUGAAAAUGAUGAAGAGCAAGAGGCUCUGUUAUCACUGGACAAGCCCGGCUGGUAUUCCCAAGGUAAUGCUAUCCAUCUUUAUGAACUACUGAAGAAGAUGACUGGAAAGUUGGACCCCAAGGUUGUUUAUUUUGGUGACAGUAUGCACUCAGAUAUUUUCCCAGCUCGUCACUAUAGCAACUGGGAAACUGUCUUCAUCUUGGAGGAGCUUCUAGGGGACAAAGUUAUGGUGCCUACAGAGACUGAAUCUGAGCCCUUGGAGAAGAAAGGAAAAUAUGAGGGAUAUCAGCCCAAAAUUCCCUACUGUGUAUCUGAGCAGUGGGGUUCUUUCUUCGUGGACAGACUACCAGGUCUGGAAAAUGCAGAGGAAACUUUAGUUCGUACAUGGUCCUGUAAAUGCAUUAGUACUUACAGCACUAUUGCAAUCCCUAGUCUUGAAGCAAUUGCAGAUUUACCGCUGGAUUAUAGAUUUACACGAUUUUCCUCAAAUAGCUCAGCAAUUGCUGGGUACUACCCAAGCCCUCCAAGAGCACUGCUGCCAAGUGAGGAAUCAGUGACUAUGAAAUAGGUUUUUGGCUUUUCCUUCAAUAACCCUGUGAUCCUUUCUUAACUGCUGUUAAAUGCUAAUUGGUGAAAAUGCUGUUUGAUGCUUCAUAAAAUAGAAUGAUGAAUUAAAGCAGA